AGUGUGUGUGUUUUACAGAGUUGUGGGAGAGGGCGCGCUCUCUCACAAAUUCUAAAUUCCUCAGAAUCCCAAACGACACCAAAUCAAAAACGACAAAAACGCAACACUCUCGCAUUGUCGCCAACGCAACCAUGAACGAAAGUCCUUCGAAACAGAGCCUCAAUUCAAUGACUCCUGCCUGCCUGACUCCUGCAACAAGCCCUAGAAAGACAAGAAGCCCUAACCUGUGUUGUAACCGUUCUGAUUGAAUACCUAGAGAUCUGAGGAAGCAACCGGAGUUUUCUUUAUGUGGCCUUUUCUGGGUUUUUGAUGAAUUUGAAAAACCCAGUUGGGGUUUGCAGUUCUGGACGUUGUUGGUCAGUUCUGCUGCUUGAGUUAAGAGGAAUUACUGAGCCAUUUCUGAGGUAUAUGUUCCUGCUCUUGGAAUUCUUUCACAAACCUGGAUGCUCUUGGAAUUCUUUCACAAACCUGGAUAAUUGGUAGUUCCUUCAACUGUUAUUGUUCUUAACUGCAACUACCUUUUUUGCACAUUUCAUUGAAAGCCUGAGAACAUGUUUUCAUUAAUCUCAAUGUUUGCAAUGGUAGUUUUCUGAAGUUGCCUGCUUUUCCAUUUAGAGAAUCAAAUCUCCUCAGUCUCACGUUUGGAGAAUCAUCCAUCCAUUUUUUUAUUGGAAGUGUCUACAAAUUCAUUUCGGGUGUAUGAAGAAGUCCAUACCCAAUUAACUUUAUUCACCUCCGUUUCCUCAGAAUAGAAAGCUUGUUGGAACAGUUCAAUGACAAGAAUGGUUCAAGAUGAGGGAUCAUCAUCUGUGACUUCAUCACCUCUUCAAUUCUUCUCACUGAUGUCACUUCCCCCCAACUUAGGAUCACCUUAUCCCUGGCUCAAGGAGCUUAAAUCCGAGGAGAGAGGCUUGUGUCUGAUCCAUUUCCUAUUGUCCUGUACAAAUCAUGUAGCUGCUGGUAACCUUGAGCAUGCAAAUAUUGCUCUCGAGCAGAUCUCCCACCUUGCUUCUCCUGAUGGUGACACCAUGCAGCGCAUUGCUGCCUACUUCACCGAGGCGCUUGCUGACCGGAUUCUCAAGGCAUGGCCUGGUUUGCACAAAGCCCUUAAUUCUACAAGGAUAUCCUCAAUCUCUGAAGGAAUUCUUGCUCGAAAACUGUUCUUUGAGCUAUGUCCCUUCUUAAAGCUCGCAAUAGUGACCACCAAUCAAGCUAUUAUAGAAUCCAUGGAAGGAGAGAAGAUGGUUCACAUCAUUGAUCUCCACUGUGUUGAGCCUGCACAAUGGAUUGCCCUCAUUCAAUCUUUGAGUGCACGGCCUGAAGGUCCACCCCAUUUGAGAAUUACCGGCAUUCAUGAACAUAAAGAGGUUUUGGAACAAACAGCUCUUCGUUUGACAGAAGAAGCUGAAAAAUUGGACCUUCCAUUUCAAUUUAACCCAAUAGUUAGCAAACUGGAAAAUCUUGAUGUUGAAAGCCUUCGCGUUAAGACGGGAGAGGCUCUUGCGAUCAGUUCUCUCCUCCAAUUGCAUUGCCUCUUACCAUCAGAGGCUCUUGCACCAGCAUCAAAAAGCAUAAGCAUAGCUCAUCCUUUGCAGAGAGUCCUGCAGAUGAGACAGAACACUAUAGGUGAAUUGCUUGAUAAAGAUUUGGUCAAUGGCUACAGUCCUAAUACCGACUCAGCCUCUUCAUCCCCACUAUCUUUACCUGCUUCGGCAAAGAUGGAGGGCUUCCUCGCAGCUCUAUGGGGCCUAUCUCCCAAGCUCAUGGUUGUGGCCGAGCAAGAAUCAAACCAUAAUGGAUCAACCCUGAUGGAUAGACUCUUGGAGUCACUUUACUUCUAUGCAUCACUUUUUGAUUGCCUUGAGUCUACAGUGUCGAGGGCAUCAGUAGAACGAAUGAAGGUGGAGAAGAUGCUGUUUGGGGAGGAGAUUAAGAACAUUAUAGCAUGUGAGGGGGCUGAGAGGAAGGAGAGACACGAGAAGCUUGAGAGGUGGAUUAAGAGGCUCCAUUCAGCAGGAUUUCGAAGGGUGUCUUUUAGCUACUAUGGUCAAUUGCAGGCAAGGAGAUUGUUGCAGAGCUAUGGUUGUGAUGGAUAUAAGAUCAAAGAAGAGAAUGGCUGCUUAGUGAUCUGCUGGCAAGAUCGAGCCCUUUUUUCAGUUUCUGCUUGGAAGUGCAGGAGGUAUGACUGAGAUUAUCAGUCAUUUUUCAUCUAGAGCUUCAGUUUUCUGUACAAAGGAUUUGUAUUUUUUUCUUUUUCUUAAUUUGGCCAUAGUAUGGUGGUUUGUAGGACUGAAGAACUUUCCUGAGAUCUCAUCUUCUAUUCUACAAUUUCUUUUUCCUUUCUGAUACA